AUAUCAUUUUGCAUUUGCGAUAUUUAUCGAAUUUAGAAUUAGGGUGAAUAGUGUCACAAAUUCACGAAGCUUGCGCUUGUACUUUUCUAGAUUAGCCAGAUGUCUCAUAUUCCCAGUGUAGCUACGGAAUUCCCAAUUCAUUGGGCCAUUUGGCACAACAACUUGGAUGAUUUGAAUAAAGAGCUGUCAAAAAAAGAGAAUGAUAAAGAAAAGAAAGACCCACGGGGUAGGACACCCCUCCAUCUAGCUGUUACCCUGGGACAUAUAGAAUGUGUUAGAGUCUUACUAAGAUAUGAUGCAGAUGUUACAAUUGAAAACAAAGGAGGAUGGACUGUGAUCCAGGAAGCCACGAGUACUGGGGAUCCUGAACUUGUCCAGUUGAUCCUCCAGCAUAGAGAUCAUCAGCGAGCCACAGCUCGGAUAGGAGGGAUUCCUGAACUUCUAGAAAAGCUUAGACAAGCUCCAGAUUUCUAUGUUGAAAUGCGAUGGGAAUUCACAAGUUGGGUUCCUCUGAUGUCUAGGAUGUGUCCCAGUGAUACUUAUCGUGUGUGGAAGAGUGGUCCAAACGUUAGGAUUGAUACAACCCUCAUUGGAUUUGAUAAUAUGAAUUGGGUCAGAGGUAGCAGGAGUUAUGUCUUCAAGAAUGAAGAUCGGAACCAGUUUGAGUUUAUGGAGAUAGACCAUGAUGCAAAGGUAGUUUACUCUGAGAUGUUAGAACUUCAGGCACACCAUGACGUAUCUAGGAUGCAGCCUUCAGAGAAUGCUAUAGCCCAAAGACUCACCUCACCAGUCUCUAAUACUUACAUAGAUACAGAGAAAAUAGAAUUCACCAGAACAAAGGCUGGUAUUUGGGGCUGGAGACAUGACAAAGUUGAAACCAUCAACGACUACGAAUGUAAAGUAUUCACCGCCAACAAUGUACAACUCGUUACUAAAAACAGAACAGAACACCUAACAAAAGAAGACAAAGAUAAAGUUAAAGCUGAUGGUCCUGCAUUCUCCUCCCCUCUGCAAUCAUUACUAGGUGUAGUAGAGCAACAAGAACAGGAAGCAGGAGGUGCAGGGCUCAAUGUAACCCAGUCUGGAACCCUCACCAACCCCACCGACAUCAAACCAGAGGAAUACUUCAAUGAGAGGAUCCCCCUUGAAGGCAGGGACGUCGGCCGGCCCAGGGAGGUUACCACCAAGGUGCAGAAGUUCCGGGCCACCCUGUGGCUAUCAGAGAACCACCCCUUGUCCCUCCAGGAGCAGGUCCUGCCCAUCAUAGACCUGAUGGCCAUCAGUAAUGCCCACUUUGCCAAGCUCAGGGAUUUCAUCACCCUGCAGCUACCUGCAGGAUUUCCUGUCAAGAUUGAAAUCCCCCUCUUCCAUGUCAUCAAUGCAUGUGUAACAUUUGGAAACCUUUAUGCCAAGAAGCAGCCUGUUACGGGUGUAUCCAAUGAGGUCAUUGAGAGCUUGUCUGAGGAACCCCUACCAGCAGCAAGUGAGGAUCUUCUUGAGGGUGAAGGAGCUUCUCCCAAACCACUUCCCCCUGCCACUAUCUGUGUUGUUGAUCCACAUGUCUUUGAUAUACCAGGAGGUUACUCAAAGUAUAGAUCUGGGGAGAGUCAGGUUAGGUAUGGUGAGGAUGAGCUCCUGCAGCUAGCCAUACAACAGAGUCUUCUGGAGCAACAACAACAACAAACCAACAAUCAAGACGAGGUUGGUUUUAUUGAUGCUCUAGGUGAAACAGAAAAUCUACAGUCAAUUGAAGACAAACUCUUAGAAAGGGCAAUUCAAGAGAGCCUUCUUCUAUCUCAAACGGACGAGAGCAACAAUGCAUCCGGGGACCAACCCUCAUCAGUAUCCCAUGCCUCCUCGAAUCAUACUGGGGCUGCUGUCCAAUCUCAGUUACCCCCGGGGGCUGCACUCCCACCCCAACCAUCUCCAGGGGCCAACACCACCACCAAACCCCCCAUCACUACCUCACCGCUACCAGCCCGUCCUGCUCCGAUCGGUUGCGAGUUCUCUGCCAACAGGGAUGAUGAACUGAGACUGGCCUUGGAGCUGUCUGAGAGGGAGAGACUGGAGGCUGAUAAGAGAAGGCAGGAGGAGGACGAAGAGUUGCAGAGGAUACUCCAGCUAUCCUUGACGGAGAAAUGACAUCCAAAUGGUUGGAACGAACUAUCUUCUCCCAAUUGGAUAAGGCUCAAGUGUUGUGAUGGUGGAUCCAGUUACUCAUGAUGGAAUCCUCCCCCUCUGCUGUUGACAACUAUAUUCUUCUUUUCCUGUCCAAAGUGCUGCUUUAGACCCAGCUACAUGUAUCAGAAAUUGAAUUCAAUGGGAAGAUUUCCUUGGUGUCAAGUUUGAUAAAAGAGAAAUCAAAUCAAGGCUUGUAAUUUUUAAAGGUUACAAAUUUGCUACAUCGAAACAGCUCCCCCAUAUGCUAUGUAAUAUAAAUUCAGUCUAUUGCCAUAUUAUGAAUGCUUUAAUAUUAUUGAUUUAUUUUAUUUCAUAUAUGUGUGUAUGAAGUGGGUAUGGGUGUGCUUAUGUAUUUAAAGCACAGACAAUUUGCUUUUAAUUCUCAGAGAAAAUUGCAAUUGAUUGAAUUUACAUUACAUGACAUAUAGGGGAGUUACUCGAAUGUAGCAUCACAAAAUUAUUGUUUAUUUCCUGUGAUAGACUCAUUAGGUUAUUCCUUUAAUCUUUGACGGAUUGUGAGGUACUCUGUAACUUUUUCUAGUGCAUAAAUGAUACCUGAAAGUUUUAUAUGAAAUAGAAGUAACUGCUAUCUAAAGAAAGAGGGCAGAGAAGUGUGUUGCAGCACCCUGUGACAAACUGAGCCUGUGCCUACUAGAUGAUUUUUAUGGCAUUUUGCAAUUUAGACAACAUUCUUACAUGAAUAUUAUGGUUAAUGCUUGAGAACUUACCCUGUAAAGCUCAGGCAAUUUUUUUCUGCCUAACUUUAAAGUUGCAAAUUUCAAUAAUGAUAACUGUGACUUAAACACAAAGUUUGAUAUGAAGGUCUUGAACAAAGUUACAUUUUCUCUUUAUUUUACUGAUUAUCUCUCAGAUUCUUGAGAAUGGACUAAACAUUUUUAAUAACCAAUUUCGACACCCCUCAGAGAUUCGUGUAAGUUUGUAAAGUAGGUAAAUGCUGGAUGUGAAUAUGCAUUGCAAAGAAUGAAGUCAUUUUGUGCUUAGGUUUGUACAUUUUAGUCAGUAAUGCAUGAAAUGCAUACACAUUUUCAUGCCUAUAAUAGGUGUAUAUUAAAACUGGUUAUGUAGAAACAGUCAUAUAAGGUAAAUAUUGAUGUAGAUUAUUCAAAAUGUUUAUUUAUGAAACAGAUUAUUUUCAUCUUAAAAUAUAGUUCAUCAAUUACAGUGGAAAGAGUGGGGGUUGCAUAAACACUAAUUAUGGAAACAACUUAUUGCAGGACUUCUCUAUUUCUUUCAUCUUUCCCUGCUAAACUCAAUUUUACAGUACUUAAUGUUGAUUACCUUGUAAAUACAAGAAUGCGUUUUAAAAUCUAUUGAACCAAAUCUACAUAUCUUGAAAGAAAAAAAAAGGAUUAAUUACCGGUAAGCAAAUAUACAGAAAAUUAUCUAACCCCUAAAUUUACGAUGGUCAAUAUCAUUACGACAUAUCCAUAAUGUUAAACAUAGCCAAUUUCAUUGUAAAUUUGUAUGUUUUGGGGCACAGGAUAUUCAAUAUUGCAAGUAGGUUUCUCUUUCGGUAGUUUCUAUUUAUAUCACUUCUAUCUGUAUAUUGUUGUAUUGGCUGUAACAUAAUGUGCAUUAAUAAUGCUCUUCUAUUAAAGCUGAUUUCACUUUAUUCAGUUCAUACUUUUAUUUCAUAUAUGAGAUAAUUCAGUUGAAAAUGCAGUAUGGUUUGUUUGAUUUUUAAUUAAAGAUACAAUAUUCUUAUUUAGACUAAUUUUUCUUGCAUUAAAUACUGAGAUUUUGUUUGAACUCGGCCUGUGAAUAUUUUAACAAAUAGCUGUUGAAAAGGCAGUGAUUCAGAUAAUUCAGAUAUGUUGUGCUGUUUUGCCAAUUAAUUAGCGAUCCCCAAUUUAAUGACUUAAAUGACAUUGAUUUGCUGCAAAAUUCUACAGAAGAGCCUCAUAUUGCAAGGAAAAUAUGAUAUGAACUGUACACCACUUUUAUCAAGUUAUAUUCCAAGUAACUGUAGAAGAAAUAUAUGAAUAGUGCAUGAUCUUGAAACUUGGCUAUAAAUAUGGUUAUCCAAUUGAUGUUUAAGGGGCCCGUUGCAUAAAACAUUUUACCUGAGAAAACUCAGGUUUUACCAGAGUUUUUGCUAUGUGUUAAAGUCAA